AUGGCCUUCACAGACCUGCUGGACGCCCUGGGCGGCGUGGGCCGCUUCCAGCUCGUCCACACGGCCCUGCUGCUGCUGCCCUGCAGUCUUCUGGCCUGCCACACCUUCCUGCAGAACUUCACGGCCGCCGUGCCCCCCCACCACUGUCGGGGCCAUGCCAACCGCCCUGGGGGGGCCACCAACGACUCCGGGGCCUGGCUGAGGGCCCCUGUGCUCCUCGAUCAACUGGGGGCCCCCGAGCCGUGCCGGCGCUUCACCGAGCCUCAGUGGGCCCUCCGGAGCCACAACGCCACCGGCCCCGGGGUGGCCACGGAGGGCUGCAGAGAUGGCUGGGUCUACGACCGCAGCGUGUUCCCGUCCACCAUCGUGACGGAGUGGGAUCUGGUGUGCGAGGCCCGCACCCUCCGAGACCUGGCCCAGUCCAUCUACAUGGCCGGGGUGCUGGCGGGGGCCGCUGUGUUUGGCAGCCUGGCAGACAGGCUGGGCCGCAAGGUCCCCCUGGUGUGGUCGUACCUGCAGCUGGCAGUUUCGGGGGCCGCCACGGCGUAUUUCAGCGUCUUCAGUGCCUACUGCGCCUUCCGGUUCCUGUCGGGCAUGGCCUUCUCCGGCAUUAUCCUCAACUCCCUCUCGCUGGUGGUGGAAUGGAUGCCCACCCGGGGCCGGACUGUGGCAGGGGUCCUGCUGGGCUUCUCCUUCACCCUGGGGCAGCUGGUCCUGGCUGGGGCAGCCUACCUGAUUCGCCCCUGGCGGUGGCUGCAGUUUGCCGUCUCCGCCCCUUUCCUGGUCUUUUUCCUCUACUCCUGGUGGCUGCCGGAGUCCUCCCGAUGGCUCCUCCUUCACGGCAAGUCUCAGCUGGCCGUGCGAAAUCUGCAGAGGUCGGCAUCGAUGAAUGGGAGAAAGGAGGAAGGGGAGAGGCUGACCCCGGAGGUGGUGCGCACCUACAUUCAUGGUGAGUUUGUGAGUGUUCGCGCCUCCAGCUCCGUCUUGGACCUCUUCCGAACGCCAGCCGUCCGCAGGGUCACGUGCUGUCUCAUGGUGGUCUGGUUCUCCAACUCCGCGGCUUACUACGGCCUGGCCAUGGACCUGCAGAAGUUUGGCCUCAGCAUGUACCUGGUGCAGGCACUGUUUGCAAUCAUUGACGUCCCGGCCAUGCUGGUGGCCACCACCACCAUGAUCCACGUGGGCCGGCGGGUCACCGUGGCCGCCUUCCUCAUCCUGGCAGGGCUCACGGUGAUCGCCAACAUGUUUGUGCCAGAGGACAUGCAGACCCUGCGCACGGCCCAGGCAGCGCUGGGCAAAGGCUGCCUGGCCAGCUCCUUCAUCUGCGUGUACCUGUUCACGGGCGAGCUGUACCCCACGGAGAUCAGGCAGAUGGGCAUGGGCUUCGCCUCGGUCAACGCCCGCCUCGGGGGCCUGGUGGCGCCCCUGGUCACCACGCUGGGGGAGUUCAGUGCCAUCAUGCCCCCUGUCACUUUCGGGGCCACUUCGAUCCUGGCCGGGCUGGCUGUCUGCUUCCUGGCGGAGACACGCAACGUGCCCCUGGUGGAGACCAUCGCGGCCAUGGAGAGGAGGGUCCGAGAGGGCCCUUCCAUGAGGAGUGCGGAAGAGAAGAGUGAAGAGGUUUCUCUUCAGCGGCUGGGAGCGUCUCCCCUCAAAGAAACCAUCUAA